GCAGUAUAAAAAGGAGAGGAGAGUCAUAGUCCAUUCGGAGCGAAAAGAGGGCACUUUCUCACUCUAAGAAUCUCUCUUUGCACCAAAUCUAUUUGAUGGGUUUGUCCGAUGGCGAUGGCUCCUCCCAGUUCCGCCAAAACGUCGUCGUAAUGCGCCACGGCGACAGGCUCGACAACGCCGUCCCUCUCUGGGCGGCGUCCGCGCCCCGCCCCUGGGAUCCCCCGCUCGCCGACGACGGCCACGUCCGGGCCUACUCCACCGGCGAUAAGCUCAGGAAGCAGCUCUCUUUUCCGAUCCACCGCGUCUUCGUUUCCCCAUUCUUACGCUGCCUCCAGACUGCCUCCGGAGUCGUCUCGGCGCUGUGCGCCGUCGACAGGAAAUCCGACGAUCCCAAUGACCUUACCUCCAACGGCGUCGUUAUCGAUCCUUCGAAAAUCAAGGUCUCAAUGGAGUAUGGAUUAUGUGAGAUGAUGAACUCUUUAGCCAUCCGACCUAACGUUGCACCUAAAGAUGGGAUUUUUAGUUUCGACACAUCACAAUGUAAAUCUGUAUUACCUGCUGGAACUAUUGAUAAUUCUACUGAAAUGGUUUAUAAGGAGCUGCCAAGAUGGCAAGAGACAUUAGACGGCGCCAGGGCUAGAUAUGUUCAGGUGAUCACAAGUCUCGCUGACAAAUAUCCUUCGGAAAACUUGUUGUUAGUGACACAUGGGGAAGGAGUUGGAUCCUCUGUCGCAGGAUGUUUUGAGGAUGUUGAGGUAGCCGAAGUCGAGUAUUGUGCAUAUUCAAUCUUACAGAGGUCUGUAGUUUUCAAAGAGAACAAGUUGUUUACUGCUGGAAACUUUGUGGGAUCACUGAAAGAUCUAGCUGGUGUCCAGUUAAUGCAAGUCCAAGAAACCUAGUGAAUUGGCUUUCUGUCCUUGAUGUGAAAUGAUCUUUUUUUUUUUUUUUUUUUUUUAUAUAAGGAGGAUCAAUAAUGAUUUUCCAUUUCCCUUUCGUGUGGCUUAGUUAGAAGGGAAGCGUCUGACCAUUAAAUGGUUUUGUUGAAUUAUCAUAAUAAAGUUUGCCAAUUUGUCAUUGCUACAA